UGAGAGUCCUGAUCCCCGUGAGCGUGAUCUUGACCGCAGAAACGCGUCCAGCUGUUCUUGUGAAACUCGCUCUCUCUCUCUCUCUCUCACUUCCUGUUUUGCGUGCGGAUCUGUUUCCUCUGAUGAAUCAUGGCUGCUGGUUUUUUACCCACAGAGGUUUGAACACAGAUCUGAAACUCACCAACAACUUUCACACACAAACCAGAACCUCACAGCUGCUCUGAAGACCGGGACCUGGGGGACCUGGGGACCCCUCAUCAGGAUCACCUCCUCGGUCCGAGUCCUCGUCUCCUCUCAGUUUGAGGUUUCUGCAGCUUUUCUGCUGAAACACGAUAAAAACUCGAGGAUCUCUGCAGAGUGAUCAGGAAACACUCGACUGUUACCUUUCCAACAAAAACCAAAACAGACUGAAUUUUCUCAAAGGUGUCAGAGGACAAACUUCUCAGACAAACCAAAGAUCUGACAUGAGAGUCAAAGAUCUGAUCGACUCUGCCCUCACAAACAAACACGGAGCCUCCGCAGUUUCAGUAAAACACAAACUCUGUUGAUCCCGUAUGAGCGCGUCACUCCAGACUCUGACGUCAGGAGGUAAUUCAGGAUUUACCCGAGGUCCCACAACAAAACUGAUCCUCUGUGAAUAAAGCUGAAGCUGCAGGUUCAGAUCAUGUGAUUCAUGGGACGUCUCAGAAUUUAACGUUUAUUAAGGACGUUAAAAUUCUCAGUGUAGCGAUCAUGACUUUAUUCAUGAUUGUCAUGAAGUUGUUUUAUUGUUUUAAUAAAUAACAGAGUAACACUGAGAGUGACAGGGCAGCAGGAUUUCAAAAUAAAAGUCUGAGAGAUUCAAAAAGACGAUUAGAUCAGGAACCAGUUUAACCACUAAAAAACGUCAAUCUGAUCAAAGUCAUUCGUUCAUUCGUUCAUUCAUUCAUUCAGAGUUCAAACCCUGCGGACCACAGUCCCAGGUCUGGACCUGAGCAGAUAUUGAACCUCUCUGUGGAGAGAGAGAGGAUCCAGGAUCAGGAUCAGGAAAGUUCUGGUUCCAGCAGCAGAAGAAUUCAGAGUUUAGUUUUUUGUUAAGCUGACACAGUGCUGCUCCUUUCUUGCUCUUUAUGCAGACGACACUCUCCUUAAACAUGUAAAAGACUCAGAUUUUCAGGAGGACAUUAAAUGUUUUCAGUGCAGAGAAAAGGAGAGAAAAGGAGAGAAAAGGAGAGAGAGGAUCUGCAGAAAUGAAAGUUUGAAACUUCGAAACAGUUUUUCCUCAAACUGCUGAUCUGGACUCUGUUGCUCUCCUGUUGAGUCAGCCGGGAUGACAGCAUCAGUUAAAGCCCUGAGCUGCACGGGUGGAGGUAGAGAGAGAGAGGGAGGUAGAGAGAGGGAGAGAGAGGGAGAGGGAGAGAGAGAGAGAGAGAGAGAGAGAGAGAGAGAGAGAGAGAGAGAGAGAGAGAGAGAGAGAGAGAGAGAGAGAGAGAGAGAGAGAGAGAGAGAGGGAGAGAGAGAGAGAGAGAGAGAGAGAGAGAGAGAGAGAGAGAGAGAGAGAGAGAGAGAGAGAGAGAGAGAGAGAGAGAGAGAGAGAGAGAGAGAGAGGGAGAGGGAGAGGGAGAGAGAGGGAGAGGGAGAGAGAGGGAGAGGGAGAGAGAGAGAGAGAGAGAGAGAGAGCCACAGGAAGCAGUGAUGGGGCGUUUCCUCCAUCUGGAAGCGUUUAGAGUUUCUCAGCUGAGCCUGAAUUCCUCCUGAAGACAUUCAACAGACCAUAAUACACCAACACACACACACACACGUGCACAUACUUACACACACACUUCCAGCAGUUUGGACUCACUGAAGGUGUGUGUUUGACAUUCAUCCUGCAGCUUCGUCUUCACACAGUUGUUGUUGUUGUUGACCUCCAUGAUUGUUUCGUACCCGUGAUUCAUUCAUUCAUCGUUGUUAAGCUGCAGAGAGUUUUUUAACGUCAGUCUGAAGCUCCUGAACCUUCAGUCUGGACCAGGAUCAGAUCUGACUGCAGCUUCAGAACAUAGAUCAACACGUUGUUUCUCUAUGACUCCUUUAGAUCAGUGGUCGUCGUCGUGUUGUAGAUCUUAAAUGUGAUAGAUGUCUGUGUUUGCAUGAAUAAUAAAGGUGAUAGUGUUUGAUAGGAAUCUGUAACUCUGACCGUCAGCUGCAGUUCAGGUUGGUACGGAGAUCGAAUUUGAGCAAACGUUUUCAGAGUUGUGUUUCCAUCUUUGGAGGUUUUCUGUUUAUUUUAGAUUUAAAGCUGCAGUCAGUGAUGAACUCAGAUUUACAGAUUUGUUGUUGAGUUUCUGCAGAUUUUAACUUUUGUCCGACUCUCCUGGUGUUUAAAGAUCGAGAGUUUUCCAUCUUUGUUUGUUCAAAAUCUAAACAGGUGAAAGAUGCAGGUGUCUGCGCUGGUUUAUGUCCGGGUUGUAGAGCUUUGAGAGGAAGGCGAUGGUCCAGCUCAGAAUCAACAUCUCACAGAGUUCAGGGUUUAUCAUGAUCUAAUGAUGGAGGUAGACAGAAGAACGAGAACAGCAGCGUCUGUGGGUGAGGAGAAGGUUGAGGAGGACGGACCCCCAGUGUCGUCUCUGUUGUUGUUCAGCACAUGCUCUUUCUCUCUCCUCUGAUUGGACGAUCUCUUCAUGUUCCUGUAGAGUUGAAACAAAGAUGUUUAAAGUCACAGACACUCGGGUUCCUCUCCUGUUCUCCUCUCUUGUUUGUAUCCUGUCAGAUCUGCGUCAUUUUCACAUGCGGAGAGUCGGAGUCGCUCCUCUGGUCUUUACUCAGGAAUGCUGCUCCGGAUCAAAGAUCGGACGUUAGAAAAGUCCAGAUGAGAACGUGGAUCUGAUGGUUUCAGAUAAACCGUGUUAGAGGUCAGAGGAGGGUCUGUGUGGUUGACCUCUGAGUUUGAAGGUCUCUCACUCUCUCUCUCUCUCCUCGUCUUCUUCUUCUUCUUCUUUGUUUGUUAAAUGUCGGUGUUCCUCUGACUCACCGCUGGCUCUGACUCCAUCUUUAAUUCUUUAAUCGCUCCGCUUGUCCUCCUCGGCCUCCCUCCAAGAACCCCUCCCUUCUGGUCCUAACAAGUCCACCAGUCUGGUCCAGGCUGGUCCGGCUCCCGGUCCUGAUGUGGUAAUGAACUCAGUGACCGCCGUUACAUCAUCAGGGCAGGAUGACGCCGGCCCGGUCUGUGAGGACGGCCUUAUUCUGACUGACUGUGUCAUUAAAGGAGCAGUCCACCGUUUCCCUGCAGCUGUUUUCUGAGCUCUGCUGUAAUUUAUGAGAGCGUGAUUACCCGCCGCCAUGUUUCCUCCGUGGACACAUUUUUCCAAGAUGUAAACACAAUAAGUCGUGACACCUCAGAGGAAGUAGUAUUGUUAGAGAGAGGGCGUUUCCUCUCCGACAGGAGGUGGAACAUGUGAGGUCAUCUGUUGACCUGUAAUGAGACCAGAGUCCAAACUGUCCCGCCUCGUUUCACAGGAGAUCCUGUCCGCUCACAGACUCUGAACACAGAGGAAGAGGAGGUCCUGCUGUAGUUACACACACACACACACACACACACACACACACACACACACACACCUGAGCCUGAGGGUGAAACCUGAACCUGUGAGGACCUCAGAACUCACACCGUCAGACUGUCAGACAUCAUUUAUUCAUGAGGAGGCCGAGAAUAACACAGCUGAGGGACGCAGCAUCUGUAAUAAUCUAGGUCUACAUUUAAAGACAACUAAAUAACACAACACUGCUGAAGGAUGCAGCAUCUAUGAUGUUCAAUAUCUUUGUUACAGAACAGCAUCUAUGUUUUUCUAGUUCUUUGUUAUAGGACAGCAUCUGUGAUAUUCUAGUUCUUCAAUAAAGGACAGCAUCUAUGAUAUUUUCUUUCUAUGUUAAAGGACAACAUCUAUGAUAUUCUAGUUCUUUGUAAAAGGACAGCAUCUAUGAUAUUUUCUUUCUAUGUUAAAGGACAACAUCUAUAUUUUCUUUCUAUGUUAAAGGACAACAUCUAUGAUAUUCUAGUUCUUUGUAAAAGGACAGCAUCUAUGAUGUUUAAGGUCAUUGUUAAAGGACAACAUCUAUGAUAUUGCAUAUCUUUAUUAAAGGCCAGCAUCUAUAAUAUUUUAGUUCUUCGUUAAAGGACAACAUCUAUGAUAUUGUGGUUCUUUAUUAAAGGACAGCAUCUAUGUUAAUCUACUUCAUCAUUACAAGACAACUGAAUAACACAACACAGCUGAUUAUGCAGCAUCUAGGAUUUUCUGGUUCUUCGUUUAAGGACAACUGAACUUAGUUGAGACGUUUUGCUUAAGGCUAAAUAUCUCCAGUAAGUCCAGUUGUCCUUAUAAGGACAUCCUGGAUCACCACCACCUCAUUAGUGUUUGUUAAGGUGAUUCUGAGUCGAUGCGGUGACUCCUCCUCCAGAGCAGAGUGACAGUUUUUUUCCCUCAUCUCUAAUCGUCUCAGACUAAAUCAGCUGUUUUUUAAUGAACGUCUCCCUAAUUAUUGAGGUUUUUAAAUCACUCUGACUGUAAUUGUCGACUCUUUUGUGUGUCUGUCAGAGUCGGUGUGUGUGUGAGUGUGUGUGUUGUGUCCACAAACACUCAGGUGUGUGUGUGUGUUUGUCACCCUGCAGCGGUGUUGUGUUUGUGGACAGCAGCGCCUCAGUGUUAAAGGUUGAGGUUGACAUCUGAUAGGGGAGCUGAACACACACACACACACACACACACACACACACACACACACACACACACACACACACACACACACACACACACACACACACACACUCAGAGUUUGUGCUCCUGUCUUUGUGGAGGAUUAGAUGUUGUUGUUUUAGAGAGCGAUGGUAAACGCAGACGUGUUUACUGAGGGUGUUUCUGCGCUCAGGAGAAAUAAGAGAGAGUGUGUUAUGAACUCUUAUUUUCACAGAUCAGUCUAGAUUCUGUCUCUAAGAGUCCACGCUUUUGUGUCACCCAGUUUUAGAGGAGCCACACCCACUCAGAUCCUUUUACUCACUUUUAAAGACGGGCUGCUGCGGCGGUGACGUCCUCAGAGCGGGUUAUUAUGAUUCUCCUCUGAGGUCCGUUUGUAGAGAUGGAGUCAGGCACAAAAACACGGUUUACAUUUUAAUUUUAGGCUUCAGUUACAUCUUUACAACUGCAGACAUGUCGGUGAAUUCAUGAUUUAAACUGUGAGUAAAUCUUUGAACACACAGCUGUGAACUUUGCUGUUAACCACAUCUAUAUUUACAUAUUUAUUCAGGUAAUUAGCCUAAAGAAGCUCCUCUUAUUUGUCCCUAUCUUGGAUAUUAAGCCUGGUGUUAAAGCGACCGACUGUUUUCCAGCUUUAAAUAAAGUGAAACUGUUUCCUCCUCAUUUUUCAGCUCGCCCGUCUUCACCCCGGGCCGUUACGUAACACAAAGACAAACACGCGGUAACUGUCGGUUCAUAAAACAAACAUCACUAUCAGCCUUCAGGGUGAAAGAUCUGUGAGCUUUACCAGCAACAAACUGUUAUUUUAAAAGAGUUAAAAAGCUUUUAACUGUCUGCUGUCAACUGGGAUUAUUGAAGCGGUUAAUUCACGAGCAGGAUGAUGGAUUUAUUCAGGUCUAUCAGCUCAUAUUUAUCUCUAAACUCGUAAAUUUAACGUCACGCAACGACUCCAAACAUCAGCUGAUUUUAACUGGACAGAUUCAACAGGAAGUUUGUUUGUUUACACUCUGAAUUUAAUGGUUUUCAGACCCGACAGAGACAGUAAUAAAAAAACAACCUCUUUAUGCUGAUAAUCUGAUGCAGGAGCCUCAUUGGUCAGUAGAGCCGUGAAUCAUCAUGCCACUCCCAUUUUUAUAACAUCUAAUAAUUAAUUCAAACUAAACCUGUCAGGAUAAUAAACACAAAAACUAGGAUGAUAAGAGCGAACGAUGACGACAAGAAUCGUGUUCGUGACGUUUUUAUUUGACCUAUAAAUGAGGUUUAAAGUUUGACCCAUGUCCCAUCUGUUUACAUGGAGGAGGCGGAGCUUAUGGCCGUCACUGAUGAGGAGAUGUGUGUGUGUGUGUGUGUAGGUUACGACUUCGCCGAGGUCCUGCGGUGGUUCGGCGAGCGCGUGGAUCGGAUCAUUCUUCUUUUCGACGCUCACAAACUCGACAUCUCUGACGAGUUCUCGGAGGCGAUCCGAGCCUUCAAAGGUCAAGACGACAAGAUCCGGGUCGUCCUCAACAAGGCGGACCAGGUGAGACCCGAUCAGAGCGAACACCUUCAUCGGUGUCGGACAGAAACGCUAACACCCUCCUCUUCCUCGUCUGUGCUCUCAGGUGGACACGCAGCAGCUGAUGAGGGUGUACGGCGCCCUCAUGUGGUCGCUGGGGAAGGUGAUCAACACGCCAGAGGUGGUCCGAGUUUACCUGGGAUCCUUCUGGGCCAAACCUCUGCAGAACACGGAGAACAGGUCAUUCAUUCAUUCAUUCACUUAUUCAUUCAGUCAUUCACUCAUUCAUUCACUUAUUCAUCCAUUGAUUCAUUCACUUAUUUAUUCAUUCAUUCAAACCUCUGCAGAACACAGAGAACAGGUCAUUCACUCAUUCAUUCAUUCAUUCACUAACUCAUUAAUUUAUUCAUUCAUUCAUUCAAACCUCUGCAGAACACAGAGAACAGGUCAUUCACUCACUCAUUCAUUCAUUCAUUCAUUCAUUCACUUAUUCAUUCAUUCAUCCACUCACUCAAACCUCUGCAGAACACAGAGAACAGGUCAGACAUUCAUUCAUUCAUUCACUCACUCACUCAUUCAUUCAUUCAUUCAUUCACUCAAACCUCUGCAGAACACCGAGAACAGGUCAGACAUUCAUUCAUUCAUUCAUUCACUCACUCAUUCAUUCAUUCAUUCACUCAAACCUCUGCAGAACACCGAGAACAGGUCAGACAUUCAUUCAUUCACUCACUCACUCACUCACUCACUCACUCACUCAUUCAUUCAUUCAUUCAUUCAUUCACUCAAACCUCUGCAGAACACCGAGAACAGGUCAGACAUUCAUUCAUUCAUUCAUUCAUUCAUUCACUCACUCAUUCAUUCAUUCAUUCAUUCAUUAAUUCACUCAUUUAUUCAUUCAUUCAAACCUCUGCAGAACACUGAGAACAGGUCAUUCAUUCAUUCAUAUAUUCACUCAUUCAUUCACUUAAACCUCUGCAGAACAUGGAGAACAGGUCAUUCAAUCAUCCAUUCAUUUAUUCAUUCACUUAUUUAUUCAAACCUCUGCAGAACACCGAGAACAGGUCAGACAUUCACUGGUUUGUUCAUUCAUUCAUUCAAUUACCUAAACCUCUGCAGAACACAGAGUGAACAGGUCAGUCAUUUAUUCAUUCCUUCAAUUAUUCAUUCAUUCACUCACUCAUCCAUUCAUUCAUUCAUUCUCUCAAACCUCUGCAGAACACAAUGAAUGUGUGUCUAUUCAUUUAAACACACCCUUUGAUUAACAUCCAUGUAAGAAAAAAUUCAUAUAUUCAUCAAUGUAUUUAUUCACUCAGUCAUCAUCACCAUCUUUCCUUAAAUUCAUUCAUUUACUCAUUUGCAAAUCUGCUAAAUAAUAACCUUUGCAUACAUAGAGAAUAGGUCAGAUGGUUUUCCAAACAUUCAUCCAUUCACAUGUCUGUGGAUUCAUUCAUUUAUCAGUGAGCUCACUUUGAUGUAGUAAUUCAUUAACACAGUCAUUCAUUCAUUUGUUCAUUCUGAUAUUAAUGUCUCUGGCUUGUUUGGCCCUCUCUCUUAUGUUGUUGUUUUGUCUUUCACUCAUUCACUCUCUCACUCUCUCACUCACUCACUCACUCAUUCAUCCUCAGGCGCCUGUUCGAGGCGGAGUCUCAGGACCUCUUCAGGGACAUCCAGAGUCUCCCGAGGAACGCGGCGCUCCGUAAACUCAACGAUCUCAUUAAGAGAGCGCGGCUCGCCAAGGUGAGACAGGAAAUGACACGUUAUGUUUGGAGUUAACCACAUGACCUCGGGGUGGGGGGCGAAGGUGAAGACGGCUCUUGGAAUUCUGGGAAAAUCCUGGAAUGUUUGGUUGUGUUUCCCUGAGAGAGAAAAGUCCGGAAAUUUAAGAGAAACAUCUUUAAAGAGUGGAGGUCAACGGAGACUGAUCAGCUGCUCUGGUUUCUUUUCAGUCUAAAGCUGUUGAAGGGGCUUUUAUUUUGAAGGGCUGAACGCUCCGAUCGGUUUCUCUUUUCCCAAGAAUCAGAAAGCAGAAGUGAGACUGAGUUAAAGAAGAAAACCCCUGACUCAGACCUUUUUUUAGACCUGAGCGGAGCCUGAAGGACGGAGACUUCCUGUGAGGUUUUAGAAAAUAAAUCCACACUUUGAAGUUUUUCUCUGUUUUAGUUUUUUUUCUCAGUUUGGUGUUUGAAGUUCAGGAAGCCGACCUGAAUGUUUCUGUUUGUUCCUGAAAAGAACGACUUCCUGUUUCCUGGUUGUUUCCACUUUAACUCGUUAAAACCCGAUAUUAGUCAGUAAAGAUUUAACCCUGAUCUGUUAACUCACUCUCUCUCUCUCUCUCUCUCACACACCUUAGCAUUGGGGAUUACCCAGCAUUCCCAGCUGUAUGACCCCGGCCGACCUCUGCCCCUCUUAACUCUCGCCUCCUGACUUUAAUCCUGAAAACUCAGAGUGUUCUUAGCCUGAAGUUUUCAGUUUAUUCAUCACUUUAAUAGAUUUAAUGAGAGUUUAGUCUGUGCAGAAUUUAAAGGACUAUGAGCCAUAAGUUAUUUACAUGAAGUACAUGAUAUAAAUAUUAAAAAGAAAACGAAUUAUGAGGUUAGUCCGAUUAAACUGUGACUGUAAAUAUACUGAGUGUGUGUGUGCAGAAACAGAAAACAGCUCUUUAGUCUAAAAUCUGUUUUUUGUUCCAGGAUAGAAAGAUUGAAUUGGUGUGUAUGUGGUUUUAGUGUGUUUGGAGUCAGCCUCUAGUGGACACUGGAGGAACUGCAGUUUUUAACCAGCUUCAUUUUUGAACUGACUGACUCUGUGACAUCAGUGUGGUCAGAGCAGCUGGAGUAAAAACUCUCUGGAAAACUGAAAAUCCUUUUUUACUGUUUCUGCUUCGAGUUUAAAUUUCUAUCUUUACCUCUCUCUCUCUCUCUCUCUCUCUCUCUCUCUCUCUCCCUCUCUCUCUCCCUCUCUCUCUCUCUCUGCAGCUCUUCUCCUCUUUCUCUCUCCCCUCAUAACUUCAGAUUUUUAAGCUGCUGUAGAAAAUCUCUCUCUCUCUCUCUCUCUCUCUGUCUCUCUCUCUCUCUGGUUUUAAGGAUGGACGUUCCUGCAGUCACGUAGAGGUCAAAGUUCAUCUGUUUAUUAUUAAUAAUUAUUAAUAUUGAUGGUUUCUGUAAGUUAAAGCUCUGCUGGGUAACUUUUAUCAUCCUCUCAUCUGUUCCACAGUGUUGUUCUUCCUCCUCCUCCUCCUCCUCCUCUCUCAUGAUUAAUGACUCUAAUGGACUUGGACAGACACUGACCUCACCCCUUCAUCCUCCCUUCUUUCCUCCCUUCCUCUCUGUCACCUCCCAUAAUGCUUUGGGCCUGUAUGAAGGAUUGACAGGCCUCUGCCCUCCUCCUCCUCCUCCUCUUCUUCAUCCCUUCACAGAGGUGUAGUUCAUCUCCUGACCCGGCGCCGGUCAGUCUCCUGUGUCCCCCUUUCAGCUCCUCCAGACUUUGAUUUAUCUUUUAAUUUCAGCGAAAGACGAACGAUCAAUCAUCAGUUUUCUUUAAGUUUCUAAAAUCCAAACCUAAAGGGAUAUUCCGGCAUAGAAUUAAUUUAGGGUCAAACCCACCGUAACCCCGAGUUAGACCCCCCCUCCAGAGAUGAAUGUUGUCGACCGCUUGCUUCUCUAGUUAUACCAACUUUAGUAACGACCGCAGGAUAGAAAUACAGAGAGGUCUGAGGAGCCAUAAACAAACCUCAACCAAAACGCCACUCUAUAGCCACAAAUAAUGCUCAGAACAGCACCUAACUUCAUCAACAGGACAUAUAGGGUCACAGACAUAGGCGUUUCUCCACCUCUGUAGUCUAUAAGCUGGGCCAAUAAACUUCUACUGUAGUAAAAUGAAAAGGUAAAGGUGUUUUUAUUGAGCCGAAUUAUCAAUAAAAUCAUGAUUUUGUUAACAGGUAUAGAUUUAUGUGCUGUCGAGUUAAUAUAUUUGAACAAGAGCACAGUAAAGUUAAAUCAGCUAAUUUUCCAAUGAGGUUCUGUUACUGAACGGAACUACACCAUGUUCUACUGAGGUUAGUACAUAUAAGGUCACAGACAUAGUACUAGACACCAAACAUCUUUUUAACUUUGACUCAUUUCUUUAGCAAAGAGACUAAACACAACUCACCUACUCUCUUCCAGCAGACGCUUGUUUGUAGAGAGACCUCAGGCCAGUCCAUUACAGACUACAGCGGGGUGCCGCAGCUCAAGGAAGAACAUUUAUGAUCAUUUCUUCAUGGAAAUACAAUCAGACUGAGACGCUAAGACAGAAGAACUACCGCGUCUGUAAAAUGAUUAAUAUGGUGAUUAUUACUUCAAGGAAAUGAUGAAGAAAUGAUCAUAAAUGUUCUUCCUUGAGCUGUGGCACCCCCCUGUAGUCCGUAAUGGACUGGCCUGAGGUCUCUCUACAAACAAGCGUCUGCUGGAAGAGAGUAGGUGAGUUGUGUUUAGUCUCUUUGCUAAAGAAAUGAGUCAAAGUUAAAAAGAUGUUUGGUGUCUAGUACUAUGUCUGUGACCCUAUAUGUACUAACCUCAGUAGAACAUGGUGUAGUUCCGUUCAGUAACAGAACCUAAUUGGAAAAUUAGCUGAUUUAACUUUACUGUGCUCUUGUUCAAAUAUAUUAACUCGACAGCACAUAAAUCCAUACCUGUUAACAAAAUCAUGAUUUUAUUGAUAAUUCGGCUCAAUAAAAACACCUUUACCUUUUCAUUAUAACUACAGUAGAAGUUUAUUGGCCCAGUUUAUAGACUACAGAAGUGGAGAAACGCCCCCGCUUAAGUUUAUGUAGCUAAUGUUAGGGAUGCUGAAUUGACAUCAGUCUGUGUCAUAAUAAAGCCUUUAUAAAUAUAUAUAUAUAUAUAUAUAUAUAAAAAUAACAGAGGUCCGAGUGAGAGUGGAGGUUCUGACGGACAGAACCAGGAGGAAACAAAGUUCAUGUCCUCAGUGUAAAUAUUAUCAUCCUGUCCUGUUUGUGUCUCUGUCAGAGUUCAGAAGUUUUCCUGUUUCAGUCUGUGAUCGAGGAAACUCCGACAGAAACACUGUGUGUGUGUGUGUGUGUGUGUGUGUAUUAUGUGUUAUUGUGUGUGUGAGUUUGUCCUCUAUGGGAACACACUGAUGGUCUUCCCUCGAUGCUCCAGCUGACCGUGUCGACUCGUUUCUGUGACUAAAGUAUUAAAGCGUGUUCAUGUGACUCCCCUCGCCCCCGCAGGUGCACGCUUACAUCAUCAGCUACCUGAAGAAGGAGAUGCCGUCUCUGUUCGGACGGGAGAAGAAGAAGGAGGAGCUGAUCAUGAGGCUGCCGGAGAUCUACACCAUCCUGCAGAGGGAGCACCACAUCAGCCCCGGAGACUUCCCCAACGUCACAAAGAUGCAGGUACGAGCGCUCAGAGGGACGCCGCCGCCGGAGCUGACGCCGAGACAGCUCCUCCCAUGAUUCAUAGAGAGAAAAAUGUUCACGCCGUCAAACUGACGUCACGUUUGUUCGUCUGAGACGGUCUGAGGACAGAGUGUGAUCCUCCGAGUCCGAAAACACUUUAGUUAGAGAAGGUGACUGAACUUCGAGAGAGAAAACAGUCUGCAGCUGCUGCUCUGCAGGUGUGUGUGUGUGUGUGUGUGUGUGUGUGUGCGUGCAUGUGUGUGUGUGUGUGUUUCCAAGCUACACUCGUAUUUACUGGAUUAUUGACCAGAGGAAGAUGUUUGAGAUUUUUGUGCUCCCCUGGUGAGCUCUGCACUCUGAGGACACACACACACACACACACACACACACACACACACACACACACACAGUGUUCUCGUUCAGAGGUCAAAGGUCACCGCAGACACUGAGUCCAGCUGCAGAGAGGUUUAACUCUCAGAUCUGAUCACAUGACUUCAGGUCUCGGCCAAUCAGAUUCGCUCGGCUGUGAUUUCAUUGAUUAACCUUCAGGAUCAUUUAGUUCAGGUUCGUGGUCUCUGGUGUGUUUCUGGUUUUUGUCGCCCCCUGUCAGUGAAUUAGAGGAACUACAACAAACAAAAACAGACAAAAAGACUCAGUUUGAUUUUUAUUUAUUUAAAGAUAAAAAUCGGAGAGUUUUUGGAGACACAAAUUUAUUCAUAAAGAAAUAAUUAAAUCUGAUUUAAACCAAAAAUAAUCAAUAAACUAUAAUUGAAUUUCAGGGAUAAAAUAAAUAAAAUAAAGUUAAAAUAAAUAAAUAAACAAAAAAAGAAAGAAAAUGUUAAAAUUAUAGGAGCUGAUUUAAAGUCAUCUGAACAGCUGAUGUUAAUAUUUACAGCUCUGAGUCUUUGGCAACAGCGGAGGAGGCCUUAAAGAGACAGGAGAGACCUCAGACUGACUUCCUGUCUGUAACUGUGUUUGUGUGUUUGUGUGUCGCCCCCUGCAGGACAUGUUGCAGCACUACGACUUCAGCAAGUUCCCGUCCCUGAAGAUGAAGCUGAUCGAGUCGGUGGAUAAGAUGUUGGCCACGAAGAUCGCCGUCCUGAUGGCGAUGAUCAGAGAGGAGGAGUCCAAGGCGCCGCCGGCGAUGGUGUCGGGCGGCGCCUUCGAGGGCUCCCAGGACGGACCCUUCGGCCAGGGCUACGGCGAGGGAAUCAGCGCCGGGGCCGACGCAGAGGACUGGAUCGUGAGCCGCGAGAAACACCGCUACGACGAGAUCUUCUACAUGCUGAUGCCCGUCAACGGGAAGAUCACCGGGGUGAACGCCAAGAAGGAGAUGAUGAACUCGCGGCUGCCCAACACGGUCCUCGGAAAGAUCUGGAAGCUGGCGGACUGCGACAAAGACGGCAUGCUGGACGACGAGGAGUUCGCCCUCGCCCAGCACCUCAUCAAGAUCAAACUGGAGGGAUACGAGCUGCCCACCGACCUGCCCGACCACCUCGUGCCGCCAUCCCACCGCAAAAACCUCACGGCUGAGACCCUGUAUAACCACAGCGAGGACUAG